AGCAGAUCACAAGCGAGAUUAGACUUUUUUCAUUUCUCUUAUUGCAGCAAUUAGCCCGGGACUGUAUAAAAAGGGUUCCAGGAAGGGAGGGAAAAUCAGGGAACAUAAAGAGAUAGCUGGGAGACAUAGGCAGGCGCUGGGAGACAUAGGCAGGCGCAGGGAGACAGGCUGCUGCUGCUGCUGCUGCUGAGGGAGAGAAGAGGAGGAGGAGGAGGAGAUGGGGGAGUGAUACUAACUUUUCCUACACCUGGUACUGCAGGCUUGUUGGGAAACUUUCUCUUUUUCUAGAAAUGACAAGAAAUAAAGGAAUCUGCUAAUAUUUUGAGUGGCCCACUGGCAGGCUGGCUUCCCAGCCGGACUAGUCGCACAGACACCUGCUUUUUUCAUGUCUCAUCCUUUCCAUGGCAUUCUGCACUGCCUUUACUUCACUGUGAGGCACUCACUUUGCACUGACUUUCUGCUGCUUUUCCUUUGUCCGUUCUGUAAGGAGGGGCUGAGGCGCAGGUAGAGAUAGGAAGCUGAGAGUGAGGAGGGGGGACCCACGCUACCAUUAUGGGACUGCUGAGUGUGGACUUGUUGAUCACCCUGCAGAUCUUGCCAGGUUUCUUCUCAAACUGCCUGUUCCUGGCUCUGUACGACUCUGUCGUGCUAGUAAAACACGUGCUUCUACAACUCAGCCGCUCCAAAUCCAGCCAGAGUCAAUGGCGCCGAAUGCUCACCCCAGAAGGGCUGCGCUGUGUGUGGAACAGCUUCCUAUUGGAUGCCUACAAGCAGGUUAAGCUGGGACAAGAUGCUCCAAAUUCCAAUGUUAUUCAAGUGUCAAACAAAAUUUGUAAAAGUGUACAAAGAAAACUUGUAGGAAAAUGCCACCUUUUAGACUUUGCAAGCUCUGAGCGCCCACUUGUUGUCAAUUUUGGAUCAGCUACCUGACCUCCAUUCAUAAGCCAGCUGCCAGCCUUCAGUAAACUGGUGGAAGAGUUCUCUAGUGUUGCCGACUUUGUGUUGGUGUACAUUGACGAGGCACAUCCCUCAGAUGGCUGGGCUGCCCCUGGUACAACAUCCUAUGAAGUAAAGAAGCACAGAAACCAAGAAGAACGUUGUGCAGCUGCCAGCAAGCUUUUAGAACAUUUCUCUAUCCCUCCACAAUGCCAGGUCGUUGCUGACUGCAUGGACAAUAAUGCCAAUGUUGCAUAUGGUGUCUCUUUUGAGAGAGUAUGUAUUGUACAGAAGCAAAAGAUUGUAUAUCUGGGAGGUAAAGGACCUUUCUUUUAUAACAUCCAGGAAAUCCGCCGGUGGCUGGAACUUAGCUUUGGGAAGAGAUGAACGUAGAUACAGCUCCACCAGUUUGGUAGAAACUUCUGCCAGUAUUUGUGUAUAUACUUUGGACAGUUAUAGAACUUCUGAUUAAACUAAAAUAAAAAUAUUCACAAAAGAACGGGAAAGACUAAAAAUCACACAAAGUUUACUGCAGGACUCCAAAAUCCAGAAGUGUGAAAUACAUUCCUUCCUAAUAUCAGAACCCAAGCUGUUCUCCUGAAAAAUAUAAUUUCCAAGUUCAGAAUCCAUUGGAAUUGAAACAACCAUCUAAAUAAACAAAGAACAAAUAAUAUGUGGAUAAUAGAAAAUGAAAAGUGUUUAUAAAAGAAGAUCUGAAAAUCAGCAAGAAGGGAAAAGCACUAGAAGAUCAUACAGAAAAACUAGUGCUUACAUUUUAUCUGACAGAUAUUCAAUAAUCCAAGGAGUCACUUGGUCUGUGUCUGUGGGAGAAAAAUUGUUGCAGACCUAGAAAAAAAUCCUAAAUAUUUAUUGCUAAUUUUUUGCUUUUCUGUUGUUGCUCAUGUUACUUUUUUUUACAUAAUUUAUUGUUACCAUAAUUCUACAAUACAUACAGUGCUCAAGAUUUAGAAAGUAAACAGUUACCUCAAAAGGAGAACAGCUGCAAUGAAAGAUUUUGCAGGUUUCCUUUAUAUUUGGGAAAAGGAUGGAAAUUCAGUAUUUUUCCAGGUAUUAUAAUGUUACAACCAUAGAAACACAAACACAGCCAUAUAUAGCCUCCUUGUGCACUGAACGUAAUAAUUAUGAGCAUGCUUCAGGCUCAUAUCGGAUACGUUAAGCUGGAUAGCAGAAAUUCAACAGUCUUGAAAUGUGAAUAACUAAAGGCUAAGGGGGUUAUAUAAUAAAAGGCACUAAGUUUGCCAAGAAGAAGUAACCAAGAGCAACCGAUCAGUGGGUAGAAUUGACUGAUCACCUGUUUAGAAGCAAACAUCUUUUUGGUAGCUAUGGGUUACUGCUACUGGGCAUAUUUAGUGCCUUUUAUUACAUAUGGAGGCAAGUCUGAGUCUAGUACAUACAUCAAAUUACUUAAAGAAGUUAUUGCUUCAUGUGGUGCCUUUACAGAAUAUUAUAGUGUGGGGAAAAUAAUAUUUUAAAAAAAAAAUUUGAAAAUAAAAUGUCACAUUAUAAAACUUACUUAAACUUUUAGUGAUUUGAAUAAAAAAACUGAAAAAACUUUUAUGGUAGGACUUCUAAAAUUAGAGAAUUGCUCAAAGGUCUUAAUACAUUUGCAUUGUAUGUCUAAGCACACUACAAAUAAGUAACUGUAUCAUAAUCUAGAAGUUACAAUAUAUAUAUAUAUAUAAAUAUUGUAACUUCUAGAUUAUGAUACAUGAAUAUGAAUAUAUAUAUAUUCAGCAACAGUAUGAACUAAUUCAUUAAUACUGCUGAUGCAGUGCAAGGCAAAAUGUAUUAAAUUACCAGCAAUUACAGACAGAGAUAAUGUGUCCCCUACGUGCCUUAGUGUAUAUGUUUAAUGAAAAUUGGUGUUUUACCUACAAGUUUAAGCCAAUAAAUCAGACUAACUUUCCAGACUGAUCACAUUGCAUUUCCAUCUUAAUACUGUUACAAAACACACCUGUUUAGGAAACAUUGCUCACUUAGGGGCAUAUUUAUAAAGGUGUGUAAAUAAAUACAAAUAAAAUACCACCAUUAUCCCAUCCUUAAGGUCAUAGUAUGCAGUGUAGAUUAUAAAGUUGUGUAAAGGUUUUAUGUGAAAGUAUAGCUGAGUGUAAAAUUAUGGCCUAAAAAGAGAUUAAACUUUUUACAGCAUUCAAUUAUUUAUUACACCAGGAAAUCUUUUUCUCCUGAAUGUCUUUAAUGGUCUAGACUGGUGUAAAAUAAUGGCAAAAUCCAUUGUGUUAGUCCUGCAAAAGUAAACAUAUUGCCCCUUUGUAAAGAAUUAUUUCCAGGGUUAUUCCAAGUAAUAAGUGUGCCAUUUAUUUUACAACAAACUUUUAUUUUUUUUGGUGUAAAUUAUCUAAAAUGCCUUUAGAUAUAUGCCCCCAGAGUAUUAUAAGUGACUGCAAUUUGUAUAAGGUUCUAUUGGCUGACUGGACAAUGUUCAAGUAGAACUUUAUGUUAGGUACUGAGCAUACUUUCAAUUUAUUUUUCCAUUUAAAUUACGUAUGAUAGGCCAUUCAAACAAACUGAAAUUCCUGGAUAUUCAAUAAAGAACAUUUAGGUAGUGCCUUUGAUUGAAGCCCAAACUAACAUUGUACAGGGAUUACUAAAGUAACACAAUAAUAGCAAGCACUCUGUAUAUAGACUUCUGCCAAAAUAAUUAUCAAAUUCGCUGUAUGAGUUUGACCAUGCCUCUAGCAAGGCAAAGGAGCAGGUUUACGCUAAGUGCUGCUGGGAAAAAAAGAAUUUUCAGCUUAUUUAGCAACAUAUAAAGCGGAACAUAUUUUAUCGCCCUGUAAAGUUGCUCCAUAGAUUUGCAUUGGGUUUAAAAACAAAUGCUGCGCCCAUUCCUUUUUUACCAAUUUUAAAAAUGAGAUCCCUGAUAGAAUUCUGCACAACACUGCAAAAUUUCUGCCAAUAUUAAACAAUAAAAUCUGACUCUUUUAACCUGGUGAACACUUUAUGCCAAAAAAGCAAGAGUGGGAAGUGAAGAAAUGCAUUCAUAAAUUAGCAAAAUCAAUAAUAUUUUAAUGGUUCUUUUGAAAUUUAAAAACAUUCCUAGAAUGUCAGGAAAAUUGUAAUAAAUGAUAUUAAAAUCUAAUUGCUGCGAAAUUGCAGGAAAAUACGAAUCCAAAUUCUACCUUUUGGUAGUAGUUGUAAAAAGGCAAAAUGCAUUCAUAAGAACAAAAGUGCAUUUCACAAUAUAAUAUUCUUCAUUAGACAGUUAUUCUAAUUCAUAUUGUGCCUUUUUUAAAGACCAGAUAUUGUAUUUUAUAUAUAUAUAUAUAUAUAUAUUCCAGGUGGUGUAUUUUUUCUGCAAAAAUAACUUGUUGUAGCAAGAAAUUUAUAUUUGCACUGGUGAAAAAUUUACAUUGGAGUCUAAACAGUCUUUUUCCCACUGGUGGAUGGGUUAAGAAACAUAUAUUCAAUAUGUGCAAAAGAAAAUUCUUUGCAUUGUGCAUAUUUUUAUAACAACUUUUUACAUUGCCCUAUUUAUAAUGAAUGGUCAUUACGUUGGGUAGAUCAAAGAAACUGAGCCUGCAUUAACCAGUCCUGUUUGCUAGAUGCAUAGCAAGCACGCUUAGCUGCAUGUAACUUUGUAUUUUUAUGAUUUUUAGUUUUUUGGAGAAUAGAUAAGAACACACUUCAAAGCCCCAUCCACCAAUGCCUGGUCCUGUAAGGGCCAUAAAACAAAUAAGGGUUAAAGUGUGCAGACUUUUUACUGUGACUAGGCUCAUCCAGCCUUCUAUUGGGUUGUAUAACUUACAAUGUGUACUGUAUAGAUGUCAUAUUGUACUGUAGCAUAUGUAUAUGACUAGUCCUUAUUUACAUCAUUUUGUAUAACAUUAGCUAAUAGGCUCAAAACUUCAUUAUCACAAAAAACUGGUAAAUCACCGCUGUGCCUCUUUACUGAAAAAAACCCAGUUUUAUAGUGAUUUAGUAACUAUAUUUGGUACCUCUCUGGCAAUGAUAAGGCUACAUAUAAAUACCUACUGUACCACAAAGUGCAGAAUUUUUCCUUAUAUUGCCUGACCUCAUGGUAUGCUUGCCAGUUCACAUCAUGAUAAAUGGCAUAUUUUUUUAUGUCCAGCUUUUUAUGUUAUUGACAUAUGCUUUAUUUUAUAUCUCCAUGUUUUACAAGUGUCUCUGAAAUUAAAUAUAGGACAUUUUUUGUUUAUAUUUUUUAUUGAAGCAUAGUACAAGUACUUUUUCUUAAGCACCACAAGCAAACUCAAACAGUCACAAGAUGGCCACUACUUCUGUGCACAGUCAGCAACAUGGCUGCCGAUUAACACCACAGAUUUUGUCUUCUGGAUCCGCUACCUCUUUUGCCCUGUAACAUUUAUUUAGCAGGAAGGCAGGCCUCUAAACCGUUCCACUCUGCCAUUCAGGUGUAUAUGGCUUUUGCCCUAAAUUGCUUGAAACAUUUGGUAAAAUGUAGCUAAAGGACUGAAAUGAUAUUUGCUCAGUUAAGUAUAUCUAGAAAACCUCAGAGUACCAUAGCUAAGAAAACUGACUUCAGAGGAUUAGCCCAGAGCAUGAGAGUGGUGGGAAGAUUUACAUGGAUGCAAAAGAUGCAAACUUCAGGGGGACAACUUCAAAAAGUGAGCUUUAUGAGAUAAGGCAGUAAUCGAUAACUGAACUUUACACAUCUGAUUACUGCAAUGAUAUAAGCAGAGUUUCAGUUACUGAAGGCAUGAUUCAAAGGUUGAGCUAGAGAGGUUAAGCAUGUUGGUUUGCUGAUGGUGGAGCUUCUGACGUAGAAAUGAAGGGCUCCAUUGAAAGAGACUCAUUCUCUGUUGGUACCUGGAAGAAGUUACGUCAGAGUCAACAGCUGCUCAGCACUUCAUGCUUGAGAAUCACGGCUCACCACAGAAGGAUCUCUCUACUUCACUCAUAUUUCACACAACUUUGUCAAUACAUUAAACAAAAUCCUGACCAAACACCAAAUGGUGCUUUUAUGUGUAUCAGCAAAUGGUCUUAUUGUAUUUUAAUAGAAACUCAUAAAAUAAACUUUACUUGUUCUUGUU